GAAUGAUGCGUGAGAACUAUAGUACUAGGGUUGAUCCUGAUCCUUAGCCGGUUUGAUCCCACGUCCGAAAUAGUAAAUAUUCGAGAACAAAAAUUUAAUCAUAAUUAUUGAUCAGUCUUCGGUCUCUCCACGGUCAAUAUUUGAUCGAAAAAGAAAAGAGAAAAAAAAAAGUGAUGGUAUUCAGCCACGUCAAAUUUCAACUUGUCAUGGAUGACAACGAAUGAAUCUGAACCCCACGCGCCAAUAAUGGCGGCGCCAGAGUACAGGUUUAACAUUGAUAUUAUCAUAUGUUAUGUAUUAUUUUCCCCAUACGCAUCUGCAAAGCAGCCCUAUCCGUCGUCGGUGUCUCGGAGGAUUGAAGACCUUUACCGGACCCGAGCUAACUCUUUCUCAUGUUUUAAUGCUCGCUGGAUAAAUCUCCGUAAAGUGCAUUUCCGUGUAAGCCCGAGAUGCAAUAGGUUGUCUCGGUUCCAGUCUUUAUUUCGCGUAGAGCGAUUUGAUUGGUCGGUAUGGCUCGGUUGCAAGCCUCAUCUACCAAUUUUCUUGUCAAGUCCGAGCCGUAUGAACGAAACUAUCGUCGGCCUUGUCGGUGUAAGAAUAUUCAUAUUAUACAUAUUCCCUCGUUUUACGAGGCGGCGAUUCAUUUUUGUUUUGUUUUUGCUAGCACUUGUUAUGCGCCUCCUAUGUUUGCCACGAAGGAUUUGAUCUGGAUCUAUCGAGGUCUGAUACAAUAGCUCGCACUAACCGACGAUUCCGAAAUGAAAACGAAAAAAAGUGUGAUAUCUCAAAUAGCCGGAAUAGAGCUUGGCUGGCUUUUCAACCUAGGCAGACAUCGUGUGCAAAAAGGCUCCGCAUAAGAAGUAAUGAAUCCUUGUGCCAAAAUAUUAGUGCAUAAGUGUUGGGGGGAGAGGCUCUCUCACAAGGGAAAUUUGGAAAU